AGGGACCAUAGAGAGGGCGCCGGGAGGACUAGAGUGGCGACGCAGCGCGAGCGGCGGCCGAGAGGAGCAGCAACGGCGGGCGGGGCGAGCGAGUCAGUGUCCGCCAGGAAGCCGAGAGAGCGCCGUGUGCCCGCCUGCCUCCCCCGGACAAAGCCGCCGUUGUCUUCUCGUCCCGGCCCUCCAUUCUUCUUCCCCCCCGUUUCCCUCCCUCCCCCUCGUCGCCGAGCGGAGCAAUGUCGGCUAGCAGCCUUCUGGAGCAGAGACCCAAGGGCCAAGGCACCAAAGUGCAAAAUGGAUCUGUGCACCAGAAAGAUGGAUUAAAUGAUGAUGAUAUCGAACCAUACUUGAGUCCUCAGGCUAGACCGAAUAAUGCAUACACGGCAAUGUCUGAUUCCUACCUGCCAAGUUAUUACAGUCCAUCCAUUGGAUUCUCUUACUCCUUGGGCGAAGCUGCUUGGUCAACUGGGGGUGACCCACCCAUGCCCUAUUUAACAUCUUACGGACAGCUGAGCAAUGGGGAGCCUCACUUUCUCCCAGAUGCCAUGUUUGGACAGCCAGGGGCCCUUGGUAGCACUCCGUUUCUUGGACAGCAUGGCUUUAACUUUUUUCCCAGUGGGAUUGACUUCUCAGCUUGGGGCAAUAACAGUUCUCAGGGGCAAUCCACUCAAAGCUCUGGAUACAGUAGCAACUAUGCCUAUGCACCGAGCUCAUUGGGUGGAGCCAUGAUCGAUGGACAGUCUGCUUUUGCCAGUGAGACCCUGAAUAAGGCUCCUGGAAUGAACACCAUAGACCAGGGGAUGGCAGCAUUGAAACUAGGCAGCACUGAUGUGGCAAACACAGUCCCCAAAGUUGUCGGCUCUGCUGUUGGCAGUGGCUCUAUUGCCAGUAAUAUUGUGGCUUCCAACAGUUUGCCCCCAGCGACCAUUGCUCCUCCCAAACCUGCAUCCUGGGCUGACAUUGCCAGCAAACCUGCUAAACAGCAGCCCAAACUGAAGACCAAGAACGGCAUUGCAAGUUCAAGUCUUCCGCCACCUCCGAUAAAACAUAACAUGGAUAUUGGGACUUGGGAUAACAAAGGACCAGUGGCGAAAUCUCCAUCCCAGGCUUUAGUUCAGAACAUUGGCCAGCCACCAUCCCAGAUAUCCCCCCAACCGAUGGGUCAGGCAAUGAGUAACAGCCCACCUGCUGUGCAGCCUUCAGCAGGGCAGCAGCCACAACCGCUGCCUCCUCCACCGCCCCAACCAACUCAGCUGCCAGUGCAGCAGCAGGCGCCUCAGCCUGCCCGCUGGGUUGCGCCUCGUAACCGUGGCAAUGGGUUUGGUCAAAACGGAGUGGAUGGUAGUGCCAUAGGACAGUCUCAGACCACUUCUGGUGCUUCUCCUUCAGAGCCACACCCAGUCUUGGAGAAGUUGCGAUCCAUCAACAACUACAAUCCAAAGGAUUUUGACUGGAACCCAAAACACGGCCGGGUCUUCAUCAUCAAGAGUUAUUCCGAGGACGAUAUCCACCGCUCCAUUAAAUAUAACAUCUGGUGCAGCACAGAGCAUGGAAAUAAAAGACUGGAUGCUGCUUACCGCUCCAUGAACGGGAAAGGUCCUGUUUACUUACUGUUCAGUGUCAACGGCAGUGGUCACUUCUGUGGAGUUGCAGAAAUGAAAUCUGCUGUGGACUACAACACAUGUGCAGGCGUAUGGUCCCAGGACAAAUGGAAGGGACGUUUUGACAUCAGGUGGAUUUUUGUGAAGGACGUUCCCAACAGCCAACUGCGGCACAUCCGCCUAGAGAACAAUGAGAAUAAACCAGUGACCAACUCCAGGGACACUCAGGAGGUGCCUCUGGAAAAGGCUAAGCAGGUGCUGAAAAUCAUUGCUACCUACAAGCACACCACUUCAAUUUUUGAUGACUUCUCACACUAUGAGAAACGCCAGGAGGAAGAGGAAAAUGUGAAAAAGGAACGCCAAGGCCGUGUGAAGUAGAGUAAUGGCUCCUUCCACAGAGACUGCAGCAGAUGUUGCAACCUGAGUAUCUUUCAGACAGGAAGGAAACCACACCACAGAGAAUUAGGACUUGUUUCAUUGACUUCAAAAAGACUCUUAAACUUUCAGUUUAAAUAAAAAAAAAGUAUUGGAAUUUCAUAAGAUACAUAGGACUUAAAAACAAACAAACAAACACAACAACAAAAACCCUUCUAGGUAGAGUAUAGGUGAAAACUGUCCCCUUUUUUGGCUUUGAUUGUGAUUUCAGAGCAUACGCUUUGGUUUUUUGUCUUUUUACUAUGUUAAUCGGAUUUUAAAGUCCGUAAGUGGCAUAUGCCUUUUUUCUCUAAUUUUUAAACCUGCUGUCUUUCCCUUAGCCUUCUUGAACCCAUCUUCCCCUUGGUUGGUUUUUUUGUUUUUGUUUUGUUUUCGGCAUUUGCACUUGGAAUACCGAGUUGUGACUUUCUUUUGGACAUCCACCAUAGGAAGUGGAAUGAAUGAGUUUUUCCCUCCCCCACCCACGGACUAGAAGAAGAAUUUUAGGAUGAAUUUGAGUUUUUUCUGUUAUGCCUAGAAGAUUUGGAUGGAAUCUGUCGACAAGCCUGUCUUGGAGGGAAUGCUUCAUUUUCUCUGACCCUCACUCAAAAAAAAAAAAGUCAAAUGCGAAGAAGUCCUAAGAAAUGUUCUGUUCUUGUGCAUUAUAUGGAUUACAGAUUAAGUCUGGAUUGAUUUAAUUUGAAGGCUAAAAAAAGAACAGUGGUAAAAAAACUUGUUUGUUUACAGGAAAAUUAAUUUUGGAAGAAAAAUAUUGUAACUGUGUAGUGAAUGUUUCUUCAGUUUUCUUGUUCAGCCAAUGAGGAAUGGGCAUUGCCUUUCACCAUUAAUCACUUCUCAAUAAUAAACGUGAGAUCCUGUUGAGCAUCACUUUUUUUGCCCCUUAGUUCUUAGUACAUAGGUUCCUGCUUUGAUGCUUGUACAUAGCUUUGAGGUGGCAUCCUGUUGAGGAGAUAAAAGGCAGGUGGGAUGAGCUUGGAACAAGGCUUUCCAGCUGCCACUUCAUUGGUAGGCUCUGGAUUUCUGCAAGGGCCGUUGCCCUGUGCAUUGCCUUAAAUCAGCCAAAGCAGGCCCUUUCCAACAAGCACAGCAUGUUCAAUUGGUUUGUGCUUUCAUCCUUUGACAAGCCAAGUGUUUGUAAUUGCAGGCCUGCUUUUACAUCAUGGCGGUGGUCUUAUAAUAUUGGGACUACUUUUGCUGGCAUAUGGUGCAGCCCUUCACAUGCUUUGUAGUUUCCCCGGUGUCCCAAACAAGUGGCAUUGUUGAGCGCCACUGAGGUGCUGCUGUUGUCCCUUUAGAGCAUCUGAGCAAAGGUAGAAUGAUGCUAAGCUCUGGAAAUUUCUGGCGGAGCUAGUUUAAGAGUUUGUCCUUUUGGAAAAUGGGAAAAAGGCCAAGGGGGCUUGUUUGGGAUUGGAUGGAAUAUGAAUAGGAUAAACUCCAUUUUAUACAUCUGUAAGUGAUGCACUGAUGUUCAUGCCCUUGUGCUGAGUAACGUGGCUCUUGCCAGGUUUCUGCCUAGACAGCACUAUUUCCUUUUUUUUUAAACUGAGAGCAUGUUCCACGCAGGUUGAAAGAACUUCCUGAUAAUAUGUACAAGGUAUAAAAUUGUGGGGGGGAAAUUGACCAAGUGUAUCGACGGAGCUAAAUAGGUAGGUUGCAGGUUAUUCUUCCAAUAGGACAGGGAUUUCAGUACCACCAUCUGGCUGUAGUGCACGUUUCCCCUUUCAACCGAACCCUAAGGAAGACAGGACAAAAGACAUGACACCUACCACACAAGAUCCUGCACUACAUCUAUGUGCGUCUUGGGAGGGAGGAGGAGGUGAGAGAACGAACUGACAUGUGGUCAGGGCUUGGAUGAAUACAUAAUAGAUGUUCUGUUCUUUAAAAUAAAAGGAACUGAAAAGUG